UCAGAGAGCGCGGAGCUGUGAGAGCCUGUGAGAAAGGAAGAUGGCUGCCUCGGAUGAAGAGGGCGGUCAAAGUGAUAAUAAAAAUGACGAUUCUGCCACACACGAGACGAGCAAGCAAUUUUCCACAAUUCACCAACAGGAGAUUGAGAGCCAAUUGAUUCGACCAGGUGUAAGCUACGAGAAUCGAGUGAGUGCUGUGCUGUCCGGUUGGGAACACCUUGCUGGUACUGUUCAAGGAGAUGUAAGUCAAGUGCAGCCUCUUGCAGCCUUUCUCUACAGAUGGAGUUUACGACUGGUUCUACAGGGAGAGUGGCCAGGCCUAGCCCAAAUUGUGAAGACUCGGCUGGGAGUUACACUUCAGCGAUGUUCCCGUGUGGCUGUCUUACAGCCUUUAUGUCAUACUUUAUUACCUCUUGUAUCAGACCCAUGGGGUCAUACGACAAAGACUAUCUUCUUUGAUUCUGAUUCAGAGGUUCAGGAUAGUGAAGCUAUAAAGUACAUCUCAAAUGAGACCUGGGAGGUGGUACGUGUUCGUGUGGACACAAUGAUUGAGUCGCGUUGUGAGGAGCUGGCCUUUCGUGUCCUCAAAGUUUGCAUAAGAUGUAUACGUCUCAGAUCUGAGGGAUUGGAAGUUCCACACUUUACAGAUGAAGAUCACAAUCACUUUGUCGAUUUGUAUUUUGUUCUUCUGUACAAAUUUCAGCGCAAAGCUUUUUUAGAUGAGGUUAAGGCACUAGACGUGAAUGAAGGAGUAAACCUGGUUAGAAGACUGGUCGCUAAACAGGAUAAAACCAAAGUUUGGAAACAUCGACUAAAGAUCGCUGAUCUUGCAAUUCAGAUUUUCUUGGCUACAACUAUAGUCAAGAAGUUCAACCAUGACUUUUGGUGUGUAUUUCAUGAAUGGUGUGGUGUACAGGAGGCAGCAGCAGUUGCAGAUGAAUUAUUAAGUCAGAUGAUCCACAAGUAUAUGCAACUCUCUGAAUCUUCACUGCAUAUAUAUAGGAUGAGCUCCAUACUUCAUACAAAGUUUGGAAACCGGCUGGCCUCACUGGUAACUGAGCUAUUAAUCCGUGCAUUGACAAUGGACAUGAAUAGCUUGGAAGCUCUCAAGCUAAAGCAGAAAGGAGACAACAUGAAGGAUGAACAUCUUCUGUUGGAGCAACAGAUGGCUGCUGGUUUCAUGGAUCUAGCAACAGUCUUCACAAUACAUAAGAGUGUGGCCCGGGAAUGUGUUCUCACUGCAUUUAGUCUCCACCCAACACCGGAACGUCUAGUCUUGCUUAAUAGCUUUGUGAGCGAAUCCUCCCCAUCCGAGGCUGAUGUUGCAGCUUCCAGUGUGCAGCCGCACCCUCCUGCUUCUUCUCCUUCCCCUCAGUUUCCUCUCUCUCCCCCUCGUCCUCCUCCUCUUCCUCCUCCUGAAGUUAAACAGGAGGAUUGUACAUUAAUGGGGUUAUCAGCUAUGUGCCUCCAAUCUAUUCCUUCCACCAGCACCACAGCAGACAGUCUUGACACUUUACAUAGCUAUGGUGAUGUGCAACCCACACAGUCCACCUCUUGUCUUCAUCCCGCCUCCCAAGACCUUCAUAAAACACAGUUUUCUCAAGAACAUGCACACAGUCCUGAUUUAUAUACAGGGAUUAAGUCCAGUGCAAGUGACUCAGUCCAAAAUAGUCUUAAUUGUGUUGGUGUUCAGGAUAGUGUUAAUAUUGUUGAAAUGGAAGUGACUAGUGCCAGUGAAGUACAAGUGAAUAAUGAGGAUGAAAAAGACUUUGAGUUUACUGAAAAAGGCCAAAGUUCCCCUCCAACAAGUAAUCUUAGAGAUCCUCCCCAUGAUGGCCAGUGUGUAAUGCAAGUUACUAUAGACACAGGACAACCCCAACCCAAUUUUUUACCCACCCCAAGUUCUCAGUUGUCACAAGUAAGUAGUGUAAGCAGUGCUCAAGUAAAGACAGAAGAUAUUUGUAUGUUGCAAACCAAAGAUGUGGCUGGUGGUGAUGAAGGUAGUGAAAAUAGUGUUCAUGUGGAAACUAGAAAUAAGGAGGAUGUAGAUUCUAUGGACAAGUUUUACAAAAGCACAGAAAAUUUUAUUGAACAGUUAAGUCAAGAAACACCGAAGAACUCAUCACGGAAGGUAUUGCUGACUAAUUUGACGAACAACAUAUUAUGCUCGAAUUAUGAUGUUUUGACUCAACCCAAUCAGGUACUUGAUGCAGAUCAGUUAGGAUUAACAAAGGAACUCUGUGAUGAUUUGGCAGUGGUGCUAAGUAGUCCACGUUGGCAAGUUUUGUCAUGGAUGCUUGAUUGGCGUGAGUUGAGUAAAAUCUGUGAGCAUUACCUUCAUGAUGCUGAUAGUGCUAAGAAUAUGACCAAAGAAUUAAAAUAUCUCAAUAUUGAUUACAGUCAGUUUCAAAACAUGCCCUCAGCAGAGAUAACAGAGUUCACAGGUAUAGAGAAAGGGUAUGAACACUUUAUUGAGAAUGACUCCGAAAGUGAAUAUUCGGAUGGAGAGUAUCACACACACUCCAGAACUGGCCGUCGUUCAUCUGCUGCAGAAUCGGACACCACUGACAAUGAAAAACAUAUUAAAAGAGGGAGAGGAAGACCAAAGAAAAUUACUCAUGUGAAUAGACUUUAUGAUUCUGAUUCUGACUAUGGUUCAUAUGGUAGAAGAAGAGAACCAUCAUGUUAUAUGAUGUCUGUGUCAGAAUCAGAAGAAUCUGAUGUGGAGGGCAAAGCUAAAACAAGAUUACUUAAAAUGGACUCAGAAGGUGGUAGUAUAGUUGAAGGCAAAAGAGUAACAGCUGUCAGUAACCAAGACAGAAGUAAACGGAUUCGAAUUGACGCUGAAACUGGGAAGGUGAAACGAGAUAGAAAUCUACUAAAUACCUUGCGUCUCUUCCGCCAUCAGAAAUAUGGAGGUGAAUGUGCAGGUGAUGCCAAGUACCAUGGUGUACCCCGAUCUCCUGAUCACUUUGCUCCUCGACUUAGCUCACUUAACCUUAAUCCUCGAGUUGUAUUAACAGAACGUGACAAGACCAUAAUAGAUCAACAGAGACAAAGGUCAGUGACAACGGUUGUGGCAGGGAGGAGCUUGGGACCAAUGCGUACCACUCCGUCUAGUCAGUCACGCGGUUCCUGGAGAUAUGCAGGAUCAUUAGUGGCACCCUCCAAUCCCACCACAGCCAUACGACCUACUACAUCUGUUUCUCUUCCUCGUUCUACAUCAGUUCAGUGUUACCUUCGUACAAAGGAUGGCAAGGUACGUGUUGCUCCAUUUCAAAGAGCAUUACUUACUGGUACUCGCCCGCCCAAUCCUGGGGGAAAUAACAAUUAUUUAAGGAUGAUUAAUAAACCUACUUCAGGCUAUGAUGAUUCAUAUGCUAAGUUCUUGCUUCAGCAAAAUUCUGGACUUAAAGGAAAAAGUUCUAGUGUUACAAUAACUAGAAAAAACAUGUCACUUGAUGCUAGUCUUGAUUAUCUCAAGAAACAAGGUACAACUGUUACUUAUAAGUCUCAGAAAUCUUCAACUGCUUUAGCACUCGCCAAUGCUCAGAAAACUGUCUUAAAUAGAAUAAUGUCACCAGAAAAUGCCAUAUCAGCUAUGAGUGUCCGAACUGCAAUUGCCAUGCCAGUUAGUAACAAUCCUCCAAAUUUGCCUCCAACUGAUAAAAAUAACCCCACAAACUUAAGUCGUGUUUUACCCAAGGGCACUACUGUUGUUAGAAAACCUAAAACAGAUGGUGCAGGACCCAGUGGUCUCAAUAAUGGUGGAUCAAGUGGUGGAGUUAGUCCACGGACAGUAGUAACACGACCCGGAACAUUUUCAGCAGUGGUUGCACGACCAACCGUCACAGUUUCAAGUGCUGCCCUCCGUGCAGCUAACUCUGUGAUGGCCGUUAGGGCUAAUACAACCACCAUUCGUACAACAUACUCUCGUGGGGUGGUGGUAACUGGCAACCUGGGAGUGCAAGAGGCAACAAUCAAUUGCAGCCCAUCAUCAUCCCAAUUAAUAGCAAGUUCUCCAUCAACAACAGCAGGAACUGCCUCAGUUGGGCCAGCAUCAACAUCAUCUUUGCCGGCCCCUUUAGUCUCAGCCACGGUGGUAGGGAGUGUCCUCAGCACCAGUACCAACAGUUUUAGUUCCCCCAUGGGGACACUAGGUGGAAAUAAUGGCAAGCAGCAGCAACAGCUGCAGCAAACCUGGGAUGCUGCUCAGACAGAUGCAGUAUCUGUCAGUGAUGCCCCACUUACCAGUUUGGUAAGUGGCAUUGACAGCACUGCUACAAUCACUCAGAUUAGCAGCAGCACCAGGGGAGCCACCACCUGCACCACCACCGUGGCCAGCCCUCCGGGGGACAUACGAGCAGCAAGCAUGUUAGAGACUUUACUUAGAGAUCGACCAGUUCCACCCAACCCUCUUCAUACCCAGUCCACCACAGCCAUUACCACCAUUACAGCUGCACUACCACAUACACUCACAUCUGUUGUAGGCAGUAGUGGAAUACCCAUUGCUGUAUCAUGCGAAGGCCAAGUAACAAAUGCUGUAAUGGGUACACUGACCAGUACUGGUAGCAGCAAUGGAAGUGUAGUUAUUGCAAGUGGUACAAGUGCUAACAGUGGAGUUAUUAUGGCUAGUGGUGUCGUUGGAGGAGGCACAGGAAGUGGUGUUGUGGUUGCUAGCGGUGGAAUUGUUAGUAGCAGUGGUGUUGGAGGUAAUACUACUGUUGGAGACACCAGUAGUGGAGCAGUGCAACAGGUACUAGUUCCAGGUCAACUUGUACAAGUACACACAAGUGAUGGGUCAACUGGCUUAGGAAUUGUUCAUUCAUCCUCAUUAGACUUAAGGUUACCUGCUGGUACAAGGGUAAUUAAGUCCUGCAGUGGAACAGUAAGAACAGCAGCAGGUCAACAACAGGUAACAGGGGUCCUUAAUCAAGCAGGUGGAAGACAAGUUAAUGUGUUACACAAUGUCAAGAUCUUGCAGAAUGUACAGAACAGACAGAUUGUAAGGACAGUUGUAGUACCUCACACAGUUGCUCUUCAGGGACUGAAUACACAUCAAACAAGCCACCUCAAACCUCAAGUAGUGGCCCUCAGUCAAGGAACUAGUACAUCAUCCCCAGCUGGCAGUGUUGAAGGUGGUGUGAUGCAGCCCCAAGGUCCUAUUACUACUGUCAGAGCAAAGAUCCCACCCUCCACCAUUGUACAGAAAGUUCUAGGUCGCAGUGGUCUUGUCAUCCGUACUCUAAGACCACAGACAUCUUCCACUCAGGCUCCUGGAGAAACAUCAGCAUUUGAGGAAGGACUAGGAGCAAAAUUACAACAACAACAGGUUGUAGAUAGUGACAAGAAUUCAGGAACUUCAAGCACUAAUGUAACGGUUGCUCGAUUACCUCAAGAUGAAGGUCUUGGUGAACGCCUUAGUCACUACCUAAAAACUGCAUUAGUAAGUUCCACUAGCACACAAAGUGUUGGCACACAAACUCUCACUACAGCUGUCAAACCCUCAGCUGGGCAAUUAGUAAAUCAAGUUGCAAUGAACCAUUUACGAGGUGGAAGUGCAACACUUUCAUUAGCAGGAGGAGUUCAAGGAAUUGCUGGGCAGCCAAACACAAUCUCUACAAGUCCAACACCACCACAGCAGUCAAGUCUGCCAUCUCUUCCUCUCACUCCAACAAAUGCUGUAAGCUCUGAAACUUUGGAACAACUUAGAGAAUUUGAGUCUGUUUUUGAGAAAGUAUCUAACAAGUCAGGGAAAGAGAUAACUGAUGGAGAAGCUAGUGCAGAGAGCUACUCAAACACCACUAUGUCAUCUGAAGAAUCUAUGAUUGCUGCACAGCUUUUAAGUAUGGCUAAUGAUACACCAGCUGUCACCACAACAUCUAACUAUGUGUAUUCUGUACCCACCACUGUGUAUGAUGCAGGAGGCACACGCCUAACAGAAGGAACUUACAUUACCAUUCCAAGCACUACUCAAGCAGGAACUCUUAUAUUAGUGAAUCAUAGUGGCUCUGGAACAGGUUUAGUAACAGUUGCUAGUGGUGUACAGAGUCAACAGCCUCCUACAGCAGCAUCACCUACUUUGUCUUCUACCUCAUCCCACUCUUCCAUUGCAUCUUCACCAUCAUCCACCUCCAGUAAAAAUAAAAAACAACCACCUAAGUCAAAAGUAGUCCCUCCAACUACCCCACCAGUGGUGGCCAAGCCAAAGACACCACCCCCUCCAAAGGCUCCAGCCCCAAAGCCAACAGUAGCCAAGCCCCAGGUUGAGGAGAGUGAUGAAACUAAAGCACGCAUUCAGGCAAUACUGGAACAAUAUAAGCAGGAUCUUGCCAAGACACCACAGCCACAACCAGCACCACGGAAUAGAAAAAAUUGUCCUCCCCCUAAAAGUGAAGGAAAAUCAUCAAAUAAGAAGAAGAGUCCUGUAAAAAAAAGUGAGGGCGGUGCUGGAAACAGCCCAGCUGUAUCUGAAGGUUCCAUAGCUGGAUGUCCUUCACCUAGCCCAUCUCCAGGACCAGCAAGUGACAAUUCUCUUGGGCUCUCAAGUAAUGCAUCUGGGGUACAGACAGUUCAGUAUUCUUCACAGGUUUUAUCUGGUCAAGGGAAUUCUCCUACUGGGAGUACUGUUAUCCCAGAUGAUAAAAUUAAGGUUGAAAGUAGCCAGGAAGUGGUGGCAGCAGCAACUCCACAGCUAUUACAAGGUGUAGUAGUUUCAAAUGUUAAGGUGGAAGGAAGUAAUCUGUCUAACACUGCAACCAGUCUUGCCCCAGGUUUGGCAGGGGGUAGAGUAGUACAAUUCAUUCGUCAUGGAGGAAAGGUAACUGCUAUCACCACACGCCAGCCUCUUAGUAAGAUCAAGACCACAAGUCAAUCUGGUCCACCACCUAAUGUAACGAUACAGGGACGCAUCAAUAUGAAUGAUCUUAUGGAAAGUCACAUUGCUUCUCUGUUAACUGGUGGAUCCUCUAUAAGUCAAACCCCCACAGUUGUUAGCAAGAUUGUCCAACAACAACAAUUGGCUGGCCAUCAGACAGUGCAGCAAGUAGUAGUGCAGACAUCAGGAGGUCAGCAGGUGUUACAACAAGUUGCUGUCCAACAGCUUCCUCCUACCCAUGCAAAACCACAGCAGCAGAAGCAACAAAAGUGUGGUGUAAUCCAGCAACUUGGAGUGGCCAGUAAUGAGGAAGUAUUGGGGUUGGUAUCACCACCUCGUUCUAUACACGUCAGUUUGCCAUCGGUACCCAAUGUUACUCAAUCUAACACAGCCACUAUUACAAACGCUACCAUCACAAAUACAUCACCUGUUACCAAAAUCUCUGUUGUUACUAAUGCAUCCCUUGUGACUACAACAUCUAUCAUCAACAGUACACCAGUCAUCACUAAUGUCUCCACCAGUGUUCCACACAGCAAUACAUCCACGAGCAGUGGAGCAUCUGGGCCUUCCCCUCCGUCAGUAAUUUCAACUUCUCCUCUCACACCCCAGGCAAAUACUGUUACCUCACCUCCAACUCCACAACCUAUCACAGCCUCCCCUCAUACCCCAUCUCCUGCUACUGAACUUCCGCCCACUCCUUCGUCAUUUCAAAUGGGUGAGGAAAGCAAUAGUAGUGAACAGAGUGUUAAUGAAGGCUUGGCUGGUCCAUUACCUCCAUUCUUUACCCUCAAAUCAUUCAUAAUGCAAAGUCCACAACAACCGUCACAACAGAACCACCAGUCACAGCAGCAGAAACAAGAACAACAAAGGGUUCCAGAUAAAAGUUUUUCUUCUGGAAAUAGCAUGCAGCAGAGUGCUAGUACCACAGCAACUACUCAAGCAGUCUCAACAGGGUCAGGGAUAACAACCCAAAACAAACAUCCGCAACGUGGAAAUCAAGCUCAUAUUCAGCUACAGAUUUCACAACUUCCAAGAAAGCCUGCCUCAGUGAUCCGUACAGGUGGAAGUGGUGGAAGGAGAUUAGUGGUUGGAGGCACUGAUGGGAAUGGAAGGACGAUAGGACGUGGCACUGCAGCCUCUCCAUUACUUGUCAGUGGAACAGGAGAUGUGGGGAUUGCAGUUUCUCCAAUGUCUGGCUCCUCAAGUCUGGAAAGCUCACCUGCAGCCACUCAUUCCCGCAUCCGCUUGGCAACAAGACCACAAGAUACGAGGAGCAAUUCCAUUGACUCCUUAAAAAGUGAUCUCAGUAUAGAAGAAGUGCAAAUUCCACCAAGUCCAGCUACCUUGACGAAACAGCUGCAAAGUGCUUACAUGACUGAAGCAGCAUUAUCACCAUCUGUCUCCCAGUCACAACAUUCUGGUUCCUCCUACUCAUCCCCUGGGACAACCCAUGACCUGCCAUUUACAGAAGCCCCUCCAACCACUGAUGACAAUUUCCCUGCAGCUCUGACUCAGCCUGGUUAUUCAUCUGCUCCAUCAGCUCCAGGAUUAUCUGUGACAGGUGUAUCUCCAGAAGGUGAUGCACAACUGAGAGCUCUGGCUUCCCCUUCUGGUGAUGUUUAUCUACAUCAGUCAGGUUCAGGGUUGGGCUUGGAAAGUUUAGAAACUGGAACAUUGCCUCUUGUGGCUGGCAUGGAAGUGAGGACACAUUCACCUGCUCUCAGUGACUUGGUAUCAUCUGGGCCACUUCUGACUUGGUCCCCAAGGUCUGCUGACUCCAUGAUGGCACAGUCACCCUCUCUUAAUGAUGCUCUCACAGCCAAUAUUCCUCUUGAUGUUAAUCAUAGUGAAGACUCAUUAUGUGAUUCAUCCACAGGUUUUCCUGGUCUCUUUUCAAUAGAAGGAGAUGGUGUGAGUGUAUCAUCAAGUACAAGUGAGGAUAUGAGAACUGCUACACCAGGAGGGGCCUCAAGUAACCAGCAGCAGAAUUUGCAACUUCAAGAGCAGGAGUCACAGGAACAAGGGGAAGUAACUAUAGAUUUACAUCCAAGGGAGAGUGAACAGGAUCACACAAUAACAUCCACAAGAUCACCCACUCAAUUAGAACUGCCUGUAACCACUUUAGGUGGGAUGUCUUCUCAUGGUACCCAGUCAUCGGGAAGUAUUAUUGUAAAUCAGGCAGCACAAGAUACACCAUGGAGAUUUGAUAAUACCGUUGGGACUCAGAAUAAGCCGGUAGUUACUCAGCCUAAUGUACACAUAAAUGAAAACCUUAAAGAUGAUAAGCAGACAUUGAAACAAGAGGAAGUAGCAGGUCCCUCUGAUAGUAAUCACAGAAGGUCAAAAAUAACAACUCAAACUUCACAGUCCAAAACUAAAGAGAAAGGGAAGCAUUUGCGCAUCAAAGAACAAGAGCAAGAUGAUGUUAAAAUUGAGGUUGAUGAUGUUAAAAUUGUUGCAGAGGUUGUUGCAAACAAAGGCUCAGGUAGAGAACGGAGGACAUCAUCUAUGCAAAGUAAACCUGAUGGUAUGGUUGAAACAAUCAAUCGUAACUUGGCCCCUCAAGAUGGGAACAACAGAAAACGAAGUCAACGAGUUGCCUGUACGUCAAACAGGAAAAAGAGUAAUUUACCAAGUGAUGGUGAAGUAACAAGGGAGGAAUUUCCAACUAAAAAUGGGCAUGAUGAAGACUCAGAUCUUCAUAAUAUAAAAACUGGAAAAAGCAGCAGUAAUGCCAGUAGAAAUAAACGUAGAAGCUCUCAGCGUGCUGUAGCAGCAUCUCCCAGUAGCAUAAUCCAGACUUCAGCCUGCCGCAAUCGUUCAAAGCCCUUAAAGACUGAAGCAGGUGUAAAGGAAGAGGAUGAUGCUGGAAUAACUGAUACAGAAAUCAAAGAUGAGAAGCCUUUUAUAAAGAUGGAUAAGGAUGUGAAAGAAAUUUCUGAAGAAGGUGUGGGAAGAACAACACGUGGAGCAAAAAGGCGUGGCGAUGGAGAUUGUGUGGGAGAAGUGAAGCGUGGUCGGGGUACUCGGUCUGGCCGAAGUCGCAGUGAUGGAUAUGUGUUGUCAAUGGAAGAGGACGUGCUAAACCACAUAGAUGAGGAUUGUGCACUAUCACGGGGACUUCGAGGUCGUCAUGUUAGUGGUACUUCCGACACAAGUAGUAAUUAUAGUAUGGAACGUGCAGUUACACCAGGACCACAUGAUUCCCCUAGUAUGAGUGGGAGCAGAAGACGACGGCGUCAAAGUCGAGAAAGCAGUGCCAGCAGUCGAGAUGGUAGCCCUCCAAUAAUGCAUAUGCAUGACUUUUCUCCUGGUGGUGUCAACACUCGACGCUCUUCCUCCCGUGACCAUGCCAAGAAAAAGAAAUGCUCUUGUUGUGGGGGAGGGGAACAGAAAAAAAGUGGGUCUGGAAGUGGGAGACGAUCGUCCACAAGAGCUACCAGAGGCUCCAGCACUGGCACUGUGCAAUAGAGGGAACAAUAGACAAAUGGUUGUUUUUCUGCAGUGUAGACAAUUGCUAGAUUAUCAGGCAUGACAGUAAAAUCAUGAAUUUCCAGCAGGAGUUGCUGCACAAGAGUUUGGUAGUGACAGUGGCAUCAAGAGCAUCAUCAUCUAUACUAGCAAUAGCACUGCAGUAUAUAACAAGCAGCUUAUACCCCCAGCAGUGAUGUUGUUCAGUAGAGCUCACUAUGAAGAGCCCAAUUGUGGCUCUUCAGAGCAUAUUAUCUUCCAGAACUCCAGGUGUAGUAUUCUGUUGUUGUAGGAGGAUAUCACUGCUCACUAUGGCAAAUAGUGGCUCUUGGACAGUCUUCACCUCUUUCCACAGUGUAAGCAUUAAGUGUUAUAGUUUUAAUGUUCCUUUUAAUAUUUCAAAAUAUUUUUAUACUCUGGAAGAUUUGCUCACUCAUGUGAGUUCUUACAGCACAAUUUUUUUUUAUGGGAUGUUAGUGCCAUACAUUUCCAUUUCACACUUAUUGGACUGCAUACCACUGGAAAGAUAUCUCAGUGGUCAUCGGUGGCUUGGCUUGAUGCAUCUUAUGUAUCGGGUCAGAGCAACGAGGUCACAAUGAUCAUUUGUACCUGAAUGCUUUUAACUGGUGUUAGCUGAAGUAUGUUAGGCAUCCCUGGAGUGUGAUGCAGUCUUUCCCUCCCAUCUCCCCUCCCCAAACACAAAAAUUUUCAAAUAUGACCCCACAUUGUAACUCACUCUCAAACAUACUUACACACAUGUAUACAUUUGCACACAAACACAAAUGCACACAUACUAUCCUUUUUCUCCAUAUUAGUAUGGAGCGUGGCUUCAUUCUAAUGUGACUCAUCCUUCCUCAUUACCGAAUAAAGGUUAGUCACCCAUCAAUUUUAGCACUCCAUUGUAGGGGUCACACCCAUUGAUACGCUUUUGGUGGACACUGUCUAUUUCUUAAAGCUUGUCCUGCGCAAACAUGUAAAUAUUUGUCAUUAGUAAUUUUGUGAUUCCCUAGAUUUUCCUAAUUUUGGAGUCCCUCGUUAGAAGUUCUAAAGAAUUGUUUGUAAAAAUAGACAAAUGGUGUUCUUAAACUUCUAAUAUACAUAGGCUAGUGUCACUUCUUUGCUGGAUCAAAAAAUUUAAUUUCACAUGAUUAAACGGGCUCCUUGGUGAUAGACUUCUACUCAAAUAAACUGGUGGCCGGUGGAGGAGGAACCAGCGUGCUGUCCAUUACAAUACUCCCAUAGCAUUGUUAGUAUUUCUACCAAAUGGAAAAUAUGUUACAUCUGUAAAUGAAAUCUCUUCAGUAAAGCUACAUGUUCUAUUUAUGAAGAUACAUUCCCAACCCAAAGAAAUCAAUUUAUUUACUUUUUUUCAUAUAAAGUAUAGAUAAUUCACAAGAUGUGGAUCCAUUAGCUGUGUUCAUUGAGGGUGUGGGUCUGUCCAUUUACAACAGAUUGAUAUUAUAAUUAUCAGUAUGCUACAUAAAAUGGUUGUUUAGUUUGACUGCAGUAUGAUUUUAAGUGAGAAUGUCAAAUGAUCCAUAACUAGUUGUACUGUACUUUGGGCCACUUUCCUGUGACAGUGAUAAGAGGGAUAUCAAAAAUUCAGCCAUUGUUAUUCAUUCACAAUGGGUGGAUUAGUACUUCGGUGGUCAGAAUAUACAUUUCUGACAUUUUAUUAUUUGGUUGAGCAAGUCAGUUAAGUGAAAUGGUAAAAGCCCAAAACUUGUUGAACAAUGACGUUGUCGCAAGAAAAACUAUGCAUUUUAGUUCCGAGUGUGAAGAAAACUGUAGCAUAGACUUGUAGACAGCAUCUUGUGGAGACAGCAGAGGAAGGCAGACCCCACCCCUUCUAUACUUACAAGUAGCUUAUCUCACUGUAGUGUGUUUGUAUUCCCAGUUUGGGAAAAACUGCUUGACCAUCAUUUUCUCUGAUAAUGGUGGCAUUUAAUUGUUCUUGCUCUAUAAGAAAUGUAGAAAUCUUUAUGGAAGUUUCAGUUUUGUCUCAUUACUUAAAAAACAAGUUUCAGUUUUAUGUCUCAUCACUUAAAAAACAAGUUUCAGUUUUAUGUCUCAUCACUUAAAAAACAAGUUUCAGUUUUAUGUUUCAUCACUUACCCGGUAAAUGGAAUUAUUUGAUGAUCAUAUAUUUGACACAAUGUUAUAUAAUUACAGGAGAAUACACUUGAUACAGUAUUUGUUAAAUUUUAAUAACAGAUGUUAAGGUAAAUAUAAAAAUUUCUCGUAGGCAGUACUUUGGAUUAUAUUUUAUAUUAAAAAAAUACUUAUUUUUAAACAUUGAAUUCAAAUUUUGGCAUCCAUGCAAUGUCAGAAUCCAACAUUUUAUAUACUACGUUUAUAUUUGGGAUCAGCCAUAAAUAUGUACGUAUUUAAAGUUCCCCCACAAAUUAUAAAUUUUAUAGUGUACAAUCAUUCUGUUGCUCAGAAUUGUGCUGAUUUUUCUAGUGGACAGCUGAGAAUUAUGUUAGAUAACAUAGUGUCCAUAUUUAUAAAAAAUAAUAAUAUUUUAUUUAGAUGUAUAUAAAGUGUGAAGUUUCCAUCAUUUCUACCCGACUAUGUAACAUUAGCUUGUAUAAUUGGCUUAGAAAAUAUGUUGAGAACCUGGUUUCCCCUUGGCAAAGUUUGUAAUUUGACUGAUGUGUGUUUAUAUUUAUCUUGAUUUUUCUUUUCUAUGGCCUCUAUUAACUAAUGCUUCCUGUAAUGAUGUGAAGAUUGUGUUUAUAUUUCUUUUUUAUUUAUAUUGUACAUAGCUUGCUAAAACUCCACAUGUACACUAU